AAGGGCUCACUGAGCACAGUAAGGCUGUGUUCGGAAACAUCACCCGAGUGCCAUGUAUCAUUUUAUCCUUGUUGUUCACCGAAUGUUAAACAAGGAUAAGAUGAUACACGAGGGCACUCUGGUGAUGUUUCCGAGAGCAGCCUGAGCGAUUGUAAUUGCGUACUGAAUGCACGCAAUAGCUUGUAUGGAACGUGUUCGGUUAGGUUAGUCAUUAAGUGGAAUUAAUAAUUACUUUAUGUAAUUGUAAAAAUAAGAUCGUAUGAUCUUGCCUUACAUGUGAAAUAUGAAAAUAAGGGAUCCUUAUAAAAAGUAUAUGGAGAAUGGAAUUCCUAAAUCAACUUAUUUCUCACGUCUUAAAAAAGGUAGACAAUUACUUGUUGAUGAAGUUCAAAACGCAAAUGAAAUACAAUCUGGAAGUAGUUAUCAAGGUUCUAGUAAUAUGGAUGUUAUCGGUGAUGAAAUUAUUAGUGAACAACAUAAUUGUGGGAUCAAUUAAGGGCUUUUAGAUAAUAAGUAUAAUAUGUAUAUUUCGUUGAGUGUCUACAGAACGCUCUCUUGACUCGUAGGAUCGUUUCUCUCUGACCGCUCCAAAUCUUCUGCCUUUGGCUUGUUCUGCCUACUCGCCUUUACCCCUUUUACCUGAUACAUACGUGCAUCCAUUCGCAGAUGUUACAUUUACGCGCUUUGAAUACAAUUGAUUGUGUGUUUUAUGACGCUACCAUAAAACAACACAUGUUUCGAACAAUGGCAAUCCUUUUCGUCAAACGACGCUUUUCUUCUACGACACAUGUUCUUUCGCUCUCUCUCUCUCUCUCUCUCUCUCUCUCUCUCUCUCUCUCUCUCUCUCUCUCUCUCUCUCUCUCUCUCUCACUCUCAUACUCUCAUUCUCACUCUUUUUCCUUAGCUAACAUUUUAACAUCCUACAUAAUGUUUAUGAAACAGGUCAGAGUGCAAUGAGCGAAUGUGCUGAAGAUAAUGUAAGAAGUAUAUUCUUAUUUUUAAUAUAUGUUAACAUUUAUUAGUAUUUAGGAAAACAUGCUCUAAUUAAAUGCUUAAGCGAUUUCAAAUAAGACUUAAACUUAAAUUAAAAAAUAUUUUGUUCUUUUUGGGAUCAAAUUUAGAAAUGCUUACAUCAUGCAUCAUUUAUUCAAAAAAAAAAAAAAAAAUCAUUCACAGGAUAAUACUGGUUCAGACAGAGAGGAAAAUAAUGAAAAUCUAACAGUGGAAAAUAAUCAGUCAGAAAACAAUAAAGAAAAUGAAAAUCCUCCAGAACACGACAACAACGAAUAUGGUUUUGAUGAUGAAAUACCAUAUGAUAACCAUCAAGAACGAGGUGCUCCACUAUACGAAUCUUGCAGCUUAACAUUAGAAGAAAGUGAAUUGCUCAUUAUGAGUUUUAUAAUUCGUCACAACAUCACUGAUGUCGGAUUAGAAGAUCUUUUAUCUCUCAUUAACUGUCAUCUUCCUACGAUAGUGCACAAAUCGAAAUAUCUCUUUUUAAACAAAUUUCCAAAAACUGCUAACAUUGUAACACAUUUCUACUGCAUUAAUUGUUUCACUUUAUUCGAUUUUGUUGGGAAAAACAUAAAUACAAAAUGUCCCGAUUGCCGUAAAAAGUACAACCAGAAAGUAUUGCAACACGAUGGAAAUUUUUUUAUACAACUUCCACUUAAAGAACAAUUAAGUAAUGUAGUUAGUAGUUAUUAUAAUAAGUUUCAGAGAACGAAUGACACUAAUUACAUAUCAGAUAUUUGUAGUGGAAGUGUGUACAAAUCAUUACAGCGUAAAAAUAAAAUUUCCGAUCUCGAUAUCACACUUCAAUGGAAUACAGAUGGGGUACAAGUGUUUAAAUCUUCUAAAGUAUCUAUGUGGCCUAUUCAAGUUGCAAUUAAUGAGUUACCGUACCAUGACAGAUGAAACUCUAUUAUUUUAUGUAGAUUAUGGUACGGAACGGUGAAACCAAACAUGCAGUUGUUCCUAAAGCCAUUUGUAAACGAUUUAAAAGAUUUACACUAUAACGGUAUUACUUUUACUCCAUCUAGACAAAUAGAUGGUAUAACAAUAAAAGUGCACACUCUUCUUUCCCCAAUCGAUUCUGUUGCUAGACCAGUCGUUCAGUAUAUUUCCCAAUAUAAUGGGAAAUUUGGAUGUAGCUUGUGUUUUAAUAAAGGAGAGAGAAUGCGAGUUGGGAAAGGCCAUGCACGUGUCUUUUGCGGCGGAAUAGGAAUUAAGAGAUCGAAAAAAAAACAUGAAAAACAUGUAGAAAAAGCAAUUACUGAAAAACGGCGAGUGUUUGGAGUUAAAGGUUUUUCACUAACAAUGUUUAUACCUUUGUUCAAUAUUAUAUAUUCCUUUCCGCCCGAAUAUAUACACUGUGUAUUGCUAGGUGUUUGCAAAACAUUUGCCACUAUGUGGUUUGAUUCAAAGAAUUUUCAGAAACCGUGGUACAUAGGAACAAGAGUUAAUUUGUAUGAUCAAAAAUUGAAGAAAAUUAUGCCUUGUCACGAAAUUUCUAGAACUACUGACUCUAUUGAAAACUUCGGAUUGUGGAAAGCAUCUCAGUGGAAACACCACUUACUUUAUUACUCGCUUGUAUGUUUGAAAGAUAUAUUAUCUUUACGUUAUUACAAACACUGGCUGCUUUUAGUUUUUAGUAUUUAUACUAUCCUAAAGGACAGAUUUAGUAUUCAGGAAUUCAGGUCUGCUAAACGAGCUUUGCAACAAUUUAUUGAAGAUACUGAAACUCUAUACGGAAAGGAGUAUAUGAAAUACAACAUUCAUCUUCUCCUUUAUAUCCCAGAUAGUGUAAAACAGUUUGGUGCUUUAUGGGCUUGGUCGGCGUUUCCGUUUGAGCAUUACAAUGGUAUUUUAACUACAAUGUUUCACAAUUCUCAGAGCGUUCCUCAACAAAUUUGUAAAUCUUAUUUAAGGUUGCAAAACAUUAAGAACAGUACUAUUUUUCUUCAACAAAAUUGCAGUGUAUCAAGAAAAUCACUGUUUAAUAAAAUGUUUGGGGACUCAAAUAUUGAUAAGUAUCUUCAUUUUGGGCUUUUAAAAAUUUGUGGAUGUGCUCAACAAGUGGAAUUAUCUGUUAUAGAGUAACAUUUAAUAACAGAAGUUUUAGGAGAAGAAAUUAUGACUAAUGCGUGCAGCUACGAUCGUUUCAUUUAUAAAAACAUAUUGUAUCAUUGCAGUGAUAGACAACUGAAAAGAAGACAUAACAGUACUGUCCAAACUAGAGAUAAGAUAAUUGACAUAUGCAACAUUCUAACUGUUACAACCGCAAACAGUCAAAUUAAACAAUGUGUUAUUAUAGGAAAAGUGUUUGAAGUAUUGAACGAAAUACUUUGUACACAUGGAGCAAUUUCUUCUAAUUCAUUUUCUACAGUAGUCAUGUUAACUGAGAACAAAAUGUGCUGUUUACCAGAGAAUUUAUUACGGAAAUGUAUUCUUAUACUCUAUAUUGAUAACAAGACAUUUGUUAUUAUUCCUAUUGUAAAUCUUGUCGAAACUGAUUGAAAAAGUUAAUAAAAUAAAUAAAAAU